AACGCAAACAAAUCUGUAAACAGACACAAAGGCUUGUCUUUCUUCAUGAUUUUAGCAAAGUGCUGAAGAUCUGCGGCGCCUCCUACCGUUUAGACUCGGGACUAAAUUUAUUGAGGAUGAAUCUCACUUUCAUUUCUGUAAAAAAAGAUCUGCUAUGUGGCAUGCAAAGGGAUUGUCCUGGCCUGGUCCGACCUUUAUUUACUGUCUAUGGGUCCGACCGUCCGGAGUGAAGAACACUUCUGGUUCUCUGAAAAGGAAACUGUAGAAGUUAACACACCAGUACGACCAGUUUAUGAUACAUGUUUGGACAUGGAAGCGUCGAUGUAUGACAUCAGACUUAACAAUCAGAUAUCCAGUCAAAGCCCUGGCCAUAUCACCAUGGCAUCCUCCGGUAAUCCACUAAAUGAGGAGCUCCAGUGCUCCAUCUGUCUGGAUGUGUUCAAUGAUCCGGUCACCACUCCAUGUGGACACAACUUCUGCAGAACCUGCCUGAACAAAUGCUGGAAAACCAAUCCACGCUGUUUCUGCCCAAAUUGUAAUGCAAUAUUCAACAAAAGACCUCAUCUCAAGAUUAAUACAACACUCAGAGAGGUUGUACAACACUUUAAGGAGAAGCUUAAACUAGAAACACCUGAGGUGUUCUGUGACAUCUGCGAUGAAAGUAAGCAGAAAGCCCUUAAGAGCUGCUUGGUGUGUCAAAGCUCUUACUGUGAAGCUCACCUGAAACCUCAUCACAGAGUCCCACGUCUAAAGAAACACACACUGAUCAAUGCUGUGGAGAAUCUGGAGCAUUAUAUAUGCCAGAAACACGAGAGACCAUUGGAGUUGUUCUGCAGAGAUGACCAGACGUGUGUGUGUCUGUCCUGCACUGACGGUGACCACAGAAAUCACAGCACUGUUCCUAUAAAGGAGGAGAGUCAAGAGAAGAAGCAUCAGAUCGUUAAGACGCAGACAUAUUUGCAGCAGAUGAUCGAGGACAGAAUGAAGAAGACUCAAGAGAUCAUGCUCUCAGUAGAGAUGAGAAAGAAAGAGAAAUCAACCAGUGAUGAGCUCUUCACUGAUCUAAGCCGCUCCUUUGAGAGUUUUAAGUCUGAGCUGCUGGACAAAAUGGAGAAGCAGCAGAAAUCAACAGAGAAACAGGCCAAAGAUCUUAUUAAAGAGCUGCAGCAGGAAAUCUCUCAGCUAAAGAGGAGACACAUUGAGCUGGAACAGCUCUCAAAGACUGAGGAUGAUCUCCACCUCCUACAGAUGUACUCAUCCAUUUGCACUUCUACACUACCCAAAAACUGGACAGAGAUCAGUACUGACUUUAAUACGAAUGUGUGCACUCUCAAUAAAGCUCUAAUUCAGCUGAAGGAAUUUGAAAUUGCACAUAAAAGUCUUGGCCAAACUGUGUUGAAGAUGAUGCAGCAGUAUGCAGUGGACGUGACUCUAGAUCCCGAUACAGCUUAUCCUGAACUCAUCUUGUCUAAGGAUGGAAAACAGGUCCUUCAUGGAAACGUUAAACAGAGCCUUCCUAACUAUCCAAAGAGAUUUGAUUCAUGUUUAGAUAUUCUGGGAAAAGAGGCUUUCUCUUCAGGGAAAUUUUAUUUUGAGGUGCAGGUGAAGGGCAAGACUGAGUGGGAUUUAGGAGUGGCCAGAGAAUCCAUCAAUAGGAAGGGGAAGGUCAGACUGAGUCCUGAGGAUGGAUGCUGGACUUUGGUUCUGAGGAAUGAGAAUCAAUAUAAAGCUUGUGAAAAUCCCUGUGUCUCUUUGUCUCAGAGAGAGACGCUUGAGAAGGUUGGUGUGUUUGUGGAUUAUGAGGAGGGUCUGGUCUCUUUUUAUGACGUGGGGUCCAGCUCUCAUAUCUACUCUUUCACUGGUCAGUCUUUCACUGACAAACUCUAUCCAUUCCUCAGCCCAUGUUAUAAUGAUGAAGGUAAAAACUCAAGCCCACUGAUCCUUUCACCUGUCCUUUCAAAUAAAUGAAUAAACAUACCAAACAUGAAACAUUGAUCUGAAAAAUAAAAUAUGCACAAUGUUGUAAAAGGACAAGAAAAAAAAAAAC